AUGUUGGUCACACAAAAGGUUCGCAAAGAAGUCAAACACAAAGCCAUGUCUUCGGAGUACGUCUUCACGAAUGACACGCCGGUGGUUCAAUUGGACGCUGAGAUCGCCUUCAAUGGUCUCACAGACGAAGAGAAACUUUACGCGCAUUACUUGUCGAAGAGCUGUUGGUUUGGAUCCAUUGUCUGCUUGUUUCAGACUUCUCCCGAAUCUCCGCUUAUAUUCACUCUCUUUCGGCGUUUAUUUGCCGAACAAUCGGUCGAAGAGUUGAAAGUUUUGGCUCAAAGUGUGGCUCAAUUUGAGGACAACGAGUGGCGGGCAUUAUUAGUGUAUUUGUCGGCGUUUUUGUCAAAUAUGGGAAAUUAUCGCUCUUUCGGAGACUCGAAAUUCAUUCCCGAUUUGUCCGCCAAUAAAAUGGACGCUUUUGUCCGCAAUUCC